AUGAUUUAAGAAUAAUAUAAUUAGAAUUUAUAGAUUAUUGGCAGUCAAAAUGUUAAUUAGGAUUAUAAUUAUGUAGAUUAUUAGCAAUAAAUUAAUGGCCAAAACCCUUAAAUGUCAUAAGAAAAUCAGCAAAAUUAAGAGGAAGAGGAUGCGGGAUUUAAGUAGCUGAUGUCUAAGAAAAAAGAAUAGCACAGAGUAGAGAUAAGAAGGAAGCAAAAUUAGGAAAAAUUUAAAAUGAAUAGAAUAUAAGUGAGUUAUAUUUAAGAUUAGUAAAAACUCAAGGAUUUUAGUGAAAAAGACAAAUUAGAUGUUGAUUCAUUAAAUAUAAAUUAAUGCAUAGAUGGAUUUAUUUAAGCUUAUCAUACAAACAACUUUGAGUUGAUUAAAUUUUAAGUUUUAUGCAUACGUCACUGUGUUACACUUGAACACAAGAUAAAAGAUUUAGAAUUCUCUAAUAAAGUUAUUUUUGAAAAAGGAUUGAUGCAAUUUUUAAUUACCUAUUUAUCUCCUUAAUAUGACGAUGAUUAUGAACUGCAAAGAGAUGCUAUAUGGAUUAUCGCUCACUUUUUGAGUGAAUAAAAUUUAAGACACAUUCUUUAUAUUUUGGAAAAUGUCCCUCUGUAAACAUUCUUUAGGCUCUUGGAAUAAGGUCAAAAAACUAUCAAAGAAUAUGCAUUGCUUUCAAUUAAUAACAUAAUGGAUGAGAAUCCUAUAGGUGUUAAAUUGCUUGUUGAAAAUGGAAUUAUUUAAAUUGUUAGAAAUCUCGUAUUAAAUUUCCUACCAAAUAAUUAAAAUCUAGUUUAGAGCACAAUCAGAAUAAUAAAUACUUUGAUAAGCUAUUCAUAACAGAGUGAUGGCUCAUAGAUUCCUAUAGAAAAUUUGAUGCCAAUAAUUGAAGUGAUUCUCCCUCUUUUUUAGUAUGUGAAAUAAGAUGAAGAACUUACAGAUGACUUAUUUGAAACUAUAUAAAAAAUUACAUAAAGAGAUGAUGACGAUAUUGACCAUUUCUAUUAAACUUGCAAUGGAAUUAUAUUAAAAACUUUACAUUAUAUUAAAGACAACUAAAAAUCAGCAAGAUAAUAUUUGAUUACUCCUUUAAGAAUAAUCUAAAAUCUUACUAAUAGCUAUGAUGAUAUUACAGAAAAUUUAAUACAAUUUGGAUUGUUGGAUAUGAUUAGCAUGUUUGUAAAGCAUAGAUCUACUUAAAUAAGAAAUCUUAUUCUGCAUACUCUAUCGAAUGUAUGUGCAUCAGGAGCAUUUGUUAUAGAUUACAUAAUGUAGCAUAAAAUAAUUAUUAUGGAUAUGAUAAAUAUCAUGGAAAGUGGAGAAUUCAUUUUAAAAAAAGAAGCAACUAUUGCAUUUUGCAAUAUUUUUAUGGUUAUCAAAAUGAAAUAAAUAGAAGAGUUUCUAACUGAUUAUAACGGAAUAUAGCUGCUUGUAGAUUAAAUUAAGUAUGUAGAUGUUGAUUUAAAUAUCAGUAUUGUUAAAGCUCUUUACAGGAUUAUAAAGAUUGGAGAAAAAAUAAAAAAUAAGAAAAACUACUUUUAUAAUAUUUAUGCAAAAAAAUUUAAUUAGUACGGAGGUCGAGAAAGGGUUUAGGGGCUUGCUGAAAGUUAAAAUAAGGAUUUAAAAAGAAUUUCAGAAAAGCUUCUUGCCCAGUCUUAUAUUGUAGAUGAAGUAGAAGAAGAAAUGGAAUAACAAUACUAAGAAGAAAAUGAAAAGAUAAAUAAUGAGAGUUAAGAAGAAAACGAAAGCGAUUAAGAUGACAAUGAUGAUGAUGGUUAGAACUAAGAUUUAAACAAUGGAAAUAAACAUUUAUGA